AUGGCUACCCCGACUAUAUCGCAGGCAGUCUCGACUCCUAAGACGUAUCUUACUCCGAGCAAAGUCAUGGCCUCUCCUCGUCCUGGAACGUCGAGUAAUGCCGGUCGACCGCUUUCCUACAAGUCUCCUGCCGUCAAGACUCCUGCCUCGGCCCAAGGCCAUGGCCACCACGUCAGUGGCUCCUCCCAACCCUCCUCUACUCCCCUCGGGACUGCCACGCUGCAUGAUGACCUGCUGGCGCUGAACUCACCUGCUGCAGCCAUAAUGGCCUCCAUGGGCUCAACCGGUAUGACGCCAUUGGCGGGUGGUGCAGAUGGUUUAGGCAUCACCACAAACGGCCAAGGAAGCUCAUUGAGACCUACUGGCGGCCCUACCAACCCCGCAGCUGAGCGUCAGCAUAGAAUACAAUUGGUGGCAGAUAUUCUCAAAGGUCGAGUAGCAGGUCGUGGGGUAACCCGAGAAGGGGUGGAGAGAAUAGCACAAUUACAAGGCUUGACUACCUUGUGGACCGACGAGGAAAAUCUCUUGAUUGCCGGAAAUACAGUCGACCUCGAGGUCAUUUUCGAUGCAGUCGAUCGUGAUCGGGUAAAAGAUGUCAUUUUCAAGCUUAAUACGCUUGAGAGCGCAGAGCUGCAAGAGCAAGGAACACAGAUCUUCAAGGAAAACCUCAAACCCUUGACCAUAGUUGACGGAAUCUCUCGAUGGACAGACCUGGGGACCUACGAAUCCAAUCUGCAGUACCUCAGUCAACUAGACCGCAUUGAAGGUGGCACUCCCUGUUUCAACGCCGUCAACAGCCUGUACGAUGCAUUCCAAAAGAUCUGGAAUGCUGAGAAAGAGAGGUUCAAGCCCUCCUCCGCGCGGAAACACCUCAGACGUUCCGCCGUAGGCAAACCGUACAUGGAUCAAACACCCAGACUGGGACUGUCGAUCGAUUAUUGGAGCCGCAGAGCAGAUGCGCCACUGUCAUCUGGGGAGGACGACAAGGCCGACAAUAAUGAUGUCUACACUGCAAGAAUAUCUUGUGAGCAGGGUGCGCCAUUCGUGAUUCCGACUCAAGAUUGGGUGUCUGAGGAUAUCUUUACGCGAGAAAACCAACCGAACGACGAUAUUGAAGUUGGAAAGCUGGAGCCCGACUGGCGCGAACCUUUCCAUCACGCUGGAGACUCGGGUCAGGCUGGAAAGGCCGACACGAAUGAUGCAACCACAGAGAAGCCGGUUGACGAAGCAUCUAGCCUCCUGGAUAUGCACUUCAUUUCCACCCUGUCGCCAGAGGUUUAUCUACCUUUGAAUGUAGCGGCCGCCCUUACGGAGCUGGCCAUGUUCGAAAUAGACCAAGAGCUGGCAGUGACCUAUCAAAAAGCCUUACAAGACCACUUCAACACCACCAAAGCCCGUGGCGCUCAAAGCACCUCUGAAGAAAGGUGGCCCAGGUGUCUGCCAAUCACCACCCAAGGCGAUCCACUACGGUACCGACGCCAUUCAUACGCUUUGCAUUCGGCCCAACACGCGUCCGCGCUUUGGUGCUAUCCGGUAACACAUCUGAAGUUUACGCAUCCAAGACAACUUUCGGCGGCAAUACCGAUUCUCCGGCAGUAUGCUUUGGUCUGGAGUCUUCUACGAAGUCUCGUGGACUUCGCGGAUGCUGAACUAGAUGGCGAGUUGGCAGCCUCUCACAAUCCCAGAUUAACCAAUAUGUCGGGAAGGCCGGCCAGAUUUUCGAAACGUAGUAACAUCAAAGCCAUCAACUCCAGACUGGACGAUCUGCUCAGCAACAAGACCACAGCAGCCAGCAAUGAUGUGUUGCCGGUUGAUGUAGGCCUUGACACGGUCUUUGACAGCACGAAAGCAAAGCUAGAUAUCUAUGUCCCUUUGAAUGGGCGGCUUGCGGAAGGAAGGCAGAGCCCCUUCAUUUUUGUUUCUUUGAACAUCUGCCAAGAUGGGAAGGUUGAGGUCAAUGACUUGAGCGGGGUGCAAUGUGGUGACGAAAAGACCGCCGCUCUUCGAAGCAACAUUGUCCAGAUCAUCACGGUAACCGAAGAUAUUGGCAUCGUCGUAGAGUGGCUUCUGGAAAGAGCUCGAGGGCCAGUAUGA